AUGCCUGGUCCGCCGCCUCCACCACCACCUCCGCCUAUGCCUGGAUUUGGCACGGGAGGGGGCCCUCCCCCUCCUCCACCUCCACCUCCUGGAGGAGCACCAGGCCCGGGCAGCCUCCCGAAUAGACCACCUAAAGCUGCUGCCAAAGACAGAGGAGCUCUGCUAUCGGACAUCUCAAAAGGGAGACCACUCAAGAAGGCUAUUACCAAUGAUCGGUCAGCUCCAAUAAUACACAAGAAGUCAGAUUCCGGCCCUCCCCUGGGUGGAGCGCCGCCAAUACCUGGAUCGAAAGCACCAAGCAAUUUGGCUCCUCCACCCCCAGUCGGCGGGGUGAACAGGGUCCGGAGCAAUAGCGACACUGGAGGAGGAAGUGGAGGGGAACCAGGAGGCAUGGGCUCGGCUCCUCAAUUGGGAGGUCUGUUUGCAGGAGGCAUGCCCAAACUCAAAAAGAGAGGAGGUGGUAUUGACACUGGAGCGAGCGGGGAUUCCUCGUACAGCUCUGAUCCAGAAACGAAUCGCUCUUCAGCUCCAAGGCCACCCAUUGGAUCAGCACCGGGCCCUCCAGCUCCACCUGGUGGUUUAGCACCAUCCAUACCCAAGGUGAAUGGUCUUCGUCCCACUCCUCAAUCUACAGAAUCAUCUCCUCCGUUUUCGAAUCCGCUAGUAGCAAACCUCAGAAGACCUCCACCAAAGCCUGCGCCGAGACCAUCGUCAUCGGUGUCUGUGCCUGUGAGCAAGCCUCCACCACCACCUCCACCACCGCCAGUGACUUCAAGAAAGCCGUCUUCUGCAUUUCAGCCGCCUGCACCGCCUCCACCCCCACCGCUGUCAGCCAGCCCAUCACGUUCCGCAGCGCCUCCACCACCACCUAGUUCAGCGCCUUCGCUACCACCUUCACGAUCAACGCCACCACCUCCGUCUUCUGCUCCUGCUCCUGCUCCGUCUACCCCUUUGCAUGGAUUGCAGAACUCGGUUGCUAUGCAAGCUGCCCGGAAUGCAUUCAGUACGCAGAGGUUAUCGCCAUCAAGCGCUCCACCACCACCACCCACUUCUCCACCGGUAGCUCCUCCGCCACCACCAGCUUCUGCUCCAAGUCCACCACUAAGUAGACCGUCUCCACAUUCUCAACCCAUAGGUCGUUCAAAUCUAGAUCCAAGUAUGUAUAUGCCGUCGAACGGAGGAUCUGGGAGCCCUGGAAGAACUCCGACGAAGUCUACAUUGCAGAUCGAUGAUAGGCGAUGGAAGUUUCAGGACGAAAGUCAAUUGCCGCCUCCAAGACAAUUCGUUGGAGGUCCGAAGCAAUAUAGAGCUGGAAGGGGCAGCAGUGUUCCCCUCGACUUACAAGGCUUAUUAUGA